CUUGAAGACAUUUGCAACACAGCGCCCAGGUUCAGUAUCGGGUAUAACAAUAGGAUCUGAUUCGGUCAGUUUAGAAUCCGAACCAAGGGCUUGGCUCCAAUAGCCUGGCACCACAGGUAAAGAGUAAAGGACCCAGAGGCAGUUGGGGAAUGCAACCCGAUAGCCUUUUCGGUGCAUUGCCAUGGUACGGAGUAGAUCAUCAGGGACUGUACGAACCAGCCCUGUUAGUUAGAGUCAGCACAUACCAACGGGGCUUUGUGAUAUGCUCCGACACCCCUAUAAGAACAACAAGGACUGUUGGAACCCAAAAAUGGGAAGAACAGCCAAACAGGCUAUGACUUUCUGGAGGCACAAUUGCCGCCGCAGCUUGACGAAUUGGAUAAUGGCAAAGAGCUUAGUUGCCCAAAUAUCGUCGUUGCAACGAAUUGGAUCUUGGCGGAUUGAUUAAUUUCUGAUCCUCAUGACGGAAGUAUCAAUUGGAAAUAAGACAAUGACGCUGACGUGGGAAAUGUUUGUUGAGCACCCUUGAUUUCCAUGUUUCAGACAGAACUUAGAAGGUCACUUGCUCCCACCAUAAACAACAUGCUGGAGCCAUUGAAUUGCAUAAAUGUAAACUUUCUUGGGUUUCAUCGGGAGCUUACACCCAAUAUGUUGGUAGUGGUUGGUGAAUCUUGUGUGACGCAUGUGAUCUCGAAACCGAUGCCGUGAAUCUGCUGGUGUGAUGUGAGCUAAAUUAUUAUCCCGGGCCACAACCAGACCAACGGUAGUCCAGCAGCGGAUGAACAAG